AGUUGUUGUAACACAUCUCUCUAAACGCACAGCAAUGGAUAUUCGAUUUGACAACACCUUCAAAUUAUCUUCUACGGCUUUGUAUUUGAACUUAGGCCAUCCUUCAUUAACGAGAAAUCUACGAUGGGCGAUAAAAAUGUUUAUGUUCUAUGCCUUCUACACACCAACUUUCAUAUCUUUGAUAUACAGUAGCAUCUUCUACGAUACCUUCACUACAAUUUGCACGAACCUCAGUAUAGCAACACUUUACUGUAUAAACAUAUUCAACUAUGGUCUUUUAAUUAUUUACAAGAAACGUUUCAUCGACAUUAUCAAAGUAGUGGAAGAAGACUUGCGUGGUUCGAGAGAACUAAUUGAUGAAGAUGAAAAGGCGGUUAAAGAAUUUACUGCUAAAGGCAUACAGGCUUCAAAAUUUUGGACUUCCUGCUGUGUUCUCUGUAGUCUAACGUUCUUUUGUAAAGGCGCCGUCGGUACCUCUUACUCCGCCCUUACAGGGAAUUUCAAACCGGUCGCUAUACACGAACUAACGUAUCCUACUUAUAUAGAAGAAAGGAAAAAUGGUUUUCUCGUGUACAUUGUUAUUUUUGGUUUGCAAACUUUUUACAUCGUGUUCACGACUCUCAUGUAUGCUGGGUUUAAUACACUGGGUCCAAUAUUCAUAAUGCAUGCGUGCGGACAAAUACAAGUAGCUAUUCAGCAACUUGACGGACUUUUUUUAGAUAAUGACAUUGAUGACGAUAAUAUACUGAAGAAACUGAAAAAUAUAACACGCCGGCUUCAGCAUAUUUACAGUCUAAACGUUCACUUAAUUUGCUUCUCCUUUGCUGCUCUUAUGCAAAGUGCAAUUCCGUGCUAUUAUUGUGAAGUUCUCUUGGGCAAAGGCGAGGAGCUCCGAAUCGCCAUAUACGACUGCGGCUGGGAGAGGUUUUGGGUGCCGAGCAGUCGCUCCAUAAUUCUGGUGUUGCUGACCAGGACCGUGCGCCCUCUAGGAAUCUAUUCUGUGUUUUCUACAGUCUCUUUGAAGGCGUUUGGCGAUGUAAUAAAUCAGGUGUACACAAUUUUUAAUGUUAUGAACGCGGCAUAUAACUGA